AUGUUUGGUGGCAAGAGAAAGAAAGAGAAAGUUGCUCAACUAUGCUCUGACUUGAUCACAGCGUGCAAACAACAGCCGCAAGAUUUUGAUAAGAUUCUAAGGAUAGUAGACUCUUAUCCAAAGGCGACUGAAUACCGAGACAAAGAUGGUCUUUCUGCGUUACACUGGUGUUGUGCUAAGGAAGCGAAGCUGGAAAUCGUCCAAUACCUGGGCAACGCCCGCAAAGGAAAAGCUGGACUUAGUGAAGCUUCAAAUACUGGGAUGUGUCCUCUUCAUUAUGCCUUGAGAGAAGAGGCACCAAUUGAUGUCAUUGAAUAUCUGCUUAAGGCGAACCCAUCGGUCAUUGCCAAAGAGUCUGAAGGAGGAUGGCACCCUCUGCACUAUGCUUGUGCCAAGAUUAACGAUGCCAAAAUCGUGCUUACUAUACUAAAGUCUUUUCCAGCUGCUGCAAAGAAAAUCACUGCAGAGGAACAGAGGCUACCCUUGCAUUACGCUGCUGCGUUUCAAAGUUCAGGCGAAGUGGUAUCCUCUUUGAUUCAGUUGGUACCGGAUAGCAUAUUCAAGGUUGAUAAAAAUGAAUGGACGCCCUUGCAUAUGGCGGCCGCAUACAAUGAUUCUAUUGCUGUUUUCGAACAACUUUUGGAAUAUGAUAAACAGGGAAUUCAAAGACUAGCGAAUCAUUCCCGCAUUCCACUUCAUAUUGCUUGUCUGACAACGCGACCCCUUGAGAUUGUUCGCUUUCUUUAUGAUGAAUGGCCAGCAGGAAUCAAACAAGCAGAUAAGAGUCAACACCUGCCCUUGGAAGCAGCUGCGUGGUCUGGUUGCUCAUUGGAAGUCAUGAAGUUUUUGGUUCGUGAGUACCCACAAGCGGCAAACCAACUUGGAAAGGACUCUUUUGAAAUUGCCCGAUACAUGUUGCAAAAGUACAAUCCCACAAAGGAAGAGUUUGAUGAUUUGACCAGGUGGCUGGACAGAAGAUUGGAUAGCGAUGGUAACACACAUGAGGACGCGGCAUCUCCUCGUGCUCCCUCCCGACGAAGUCACAGACACAAAUCCUCUCGAUCAUCCUCUCGAUCAACAGGAGGGUUCACAUCUCCCAAAGGAAGAAAAUCUUCCUCAUCCUCCUCCAGAUCAUCGAGGUCAUCGAGAUCAGGUACUAAAAGAGGAGGAUUUGACAGGAGACGAGACGAUUACGUUGCUGCUCCUCCACUUGCAACAAUUGAAGACGAUAGCGUGGCACCCAAUGUGGAUGAAGAACUUCCUCCCGAAGUCCUUCAAAUGGUGGGAGAAAAUCUCCAUGAAGCCUGUGAAUACCCGCAGAACCUGCACGAGCUUCGAAAUUUGAUCGGCUCUUUUCCCCAAGCAGCUCAGUGCGUUACGCACAACGGCAAUUUACCACUUCAUACCGCGUGUCUGAACAAGGCUGAGAAACACAUUAUAGAAUAUUUGCUGCAACAGUAUCCCGAUGCAAUCAGGCGCGCUGAUAAUACUGGAAAUAUACCGCUUCACCUGGCCUGCUUCUCGAGCUUGCCGUUCGAUAGCAUCGAAGUUUUGGUGAAUCGAUGGCCAGAGUCCGUUUUGGUGAAAAAUGAUGAUCUCCAGACUCCAAUAACACGAGCUCGCCAACCGUUCUAUGAGGAACCAAGUGGCGAAGUCAUAGCACUGCUGGAUUCUGUGGUCAUGCUUCUUGGAGGAGACCUGACGAAAGCGACUGACGACGAGACAAUGAUGUCAAGUGAAAUCCAAUCGUCUUAUGGGAACCAAUCAAGAAGAGGGAAUGCAAGGAAAGAAGAUUCGAUGGAUAUGGAUGGAACUAUUAUUUCUGGCAUGGGCGAGAGAACCAUGCCGGAUAUUGACGAGUCAAUUGUGUCGCAAGUGGACGACACCAUAAUUUCAGCGCCAAUUCCUCCUGCGAUUCCGACUGCAGUCUCCAACCGUCCUGGGAACCGUCCAAGUAUGUUUACAGUGGGAGGAAGGAGGGGGGGCGAUGAUGAGACGAUGGUAUCGAUGUUGUCGAGUGACUUCCCUUCAGAUCCUUUUGCCAAUCGAACCUUGCAUCUCGGACCAAUGAACGAAGAGACUAGUAUGUUGGACGUCGAUCCAUAUGACUUUGAGCCAACAAGCAACGUUACAACAACACCAAUGGCCGAUCUCUUUCCAAAUACUACGGUCGUCUUUGCUGAUAUUGUCGGUUUCAAUGCUUGGUCCUCCGCACGUGAACCGGCGCAAGUCUUUGUGCUACUGGAGACGAUCCACAGCGAAUUCGACAUGCUUGCGUACCGUUACAGUAUGUCUAGAGCUGAGUCCGUCGGUGAUUCCUAUGUCGCCGUGUCGGGGAUCCCUGAGCCCACAGAUGAACACGCGGUCCAAGCAUGUAAAUUCGCUCGAUCUUGUCUGAAGAAGAUGCAGGAAACCACGGUGAAACUAGAAGUUUCACUUGGACCUGAUACAGCAGAUUUGGCAUUGAGAAUUGGAAUCCACAGUGGCCAAGUCACUGCUGGAGUGAUGCGAGGUGAGUCCAGUCGGUUUCGGUUGUUUGGUGAUACGGUGGGCACUGCGGACCGAAUGCAAAAUGCGGGCGAGACAAAUCGCAUCCAGCUGUCCCAAGCUACGGCUGACUUGGUGAAAAAAGCUGGUUAUGACAAAUGGCUAUUGCCCCGGUCGGAUACGAUCGCUGUACAGGGCAAAGGGAAUAUGCAAACCUUCUGGAUACGACAAGAGGUAGCUGCAAGAAACGAUUUUGACGACGAUUUUGAGGCAGACGAUAACUUUGAUGAUGGUCUGGAUUAUGAUCUCGCCGAAAUCGAUGGGAUGUCCAAGGUUGACCGCCUUGUCGAAUGGAAUGUUGAAGUCUUAUCUGCACUUUUGCAACAAAUUAUUGCAUCGAGAGGCGGUGCAGUGCAUUCGAUUCAAGAACUUGGAGAAGUUGAAGCAUCCAUUGGAAAAGGUGCAACUGUACUCGAAGAGUUUGUGCCCAUUAUUCCAUUAAAACGAUUUGAUGCCGACGAGCUUCGCAAUCGUUUGGACCCACGAGACCUCGAUAUUGGCGAUGCAGCAAAAAAUCAGUUGAGGUCGUACCUAUCAAUGGUGUCUGUGAUGUAUCAAGACAACCCAUUUCACAAUUUUGAGCAUGCUAUUCACGUGGCAGCGUCAGUGAAGAAGCUUUUGAGCCGAAUUGUAAAUGUCAGCGAAGGAAAUGGGCUUGCCGGGCAAAGCUCUGAUGUCGAUCUUGUUGAUCUUGCUGGCCAUUCGUACGGCAUCACAUCCGAUCCCUUGACGCAAUUCGCUGUCAUUUUUUCUGCCAUCAUUCAUGACGCGGAUCAUCCAGGAGUUCCAAAUACACAGUUGGUAAAGGAAAAUACAGAGAAAGCUCGCAUGUACAAGGACAAGUCUGUCGCCGAACAAAAUAGCGUAGAUCUUUGUUGGGAGAUUCUCAUGCAAGCUGAUUACAAGGAUCUCAGAGCGUGCAUUUACCAGAACGAAAAUGAUCUCCGUCGGUUCAGACAGUUGGUUGUUAAUACAGUGAUGGCCACUGACAUUGCAGACAAAGAGCUGCAAACUCUACGCAAAAAGCGUUGGGAGACUGCUUUCUCCGAGUCACCUUUGCAAGAAGCAGAAAUUACUGGUGUUGAUGUCGAUCGGAAGGCUACCAUCGUCAUUGAGCAUUUAAUCCAAGCUUCAGAUGUAUCCCACACUAUGCAGCAUUGGCACAUCUAUAAGAGUUGGAAUGAGAAAUUCUUCAUGGAAUGUUACGGUGCCUACAGAGCUGGUCGGGCAGCAACUGACCCAAGUGUUAAUUGGUACAAGGGCGAGAUUGGGUUUUUUGAUUUUUACGUCAUUCCGUUGGCGAAGAAGCUAGAUAGCUGUGGUGUAUUUGGAGUGUCCUCGGAUGAAUACAUGAACUACGCCAAGGCGAAUCGCGAUGAAUGGGUUCGCGAGGGAGAGGAGACUGUACAGGAUUUUAUUCGGAAAUUUGAAGAGAAACAGCGCUUCAAUGGUUUUGGCAAGCGCUCCAUAGACGAGCCGAAGAGUGAAGAAAAGAGUGUGACAGAUGACGACUCAGACGACAUCGAGUCGAUCGAUGAUUCAAUCGAUUCACAAAUGUAG